GAAAGUCUUGUCAACCACCCCAACAAGGAGGCAUUGCCGGUUUCGACUGCGCCACCUCUCUCUCUCUCUUCUAGUUUCAUCUUCAUCCGUACAUCACAUCAUGUGAGACUAGUAUUAUCCCUGGUUUCUUUCUACCUUCUCAUAUCCUCUCUAUCAAUGACCCAAAAUCAUCGAGUGCAAUUAUCUUUAAUCACUUGACCUAUAGCACCUUAACUUUUGCUACCAAAUCAUACUUUUGCUGGUUGAUUAAUCUGUGGUCCUCAACAUUCAUUACCAUCAAUAUCUCAACACACCUAUUUUCUCUUUAGGGUUUAAGUUGUUGUUCACCCUUCCAAGAAUUUCACAAAGAGAAAUAACAAAUUAGGGUUUUUCUUGCUUCUUCACUUGUGGUUCAAGAGAGAGAAGAAAGCUUUUUGCCUUUUGCUUUAUAGUUUGAAUUAAUGGAGGAAUACAAUAAUAAUCAUAAUCACAACCACCUGAGUGAAAACUCAGGUCCAAGUCCAAGUUCAAGGCCAAAUUUCUUGUACCAUCAUCAGUUUCCUAUCAAUAAUUUUCAUCUUCAAUCAGGUGGAUCAGAUCAUCACAACUUUCUUCCCGAUCAAUCACCACCGCAACAACCACCACUCCCUGCGGCGGUGAAAACUGAAGCCACCACCUCGCAGCUUCUUCACACUCCGAUUUUCCACUACCCUUUGAUGAGAGGAAAUCUUAUGCAUCAUUCUCAGCAAGGAGGAAGUGGGAGCCCGAGCUCUAGCGAAGUUGAAGCCAUAAAAGCCAAAAUCCUUGCUCAUCCUCAAUACUCUAGUCUUUUAGAAGCUUACAUGGAUUGCCAAAAGAUAGGUGCUCCACCGGAAGUGGUGGCGCGUCUGGUGGCGGCGAGGCAAGAGUUUGAGGCACGGCGGAGAUCUUCAGUUAGCUCAAGGGAAAAUUCCAAAGAUCCAGAACUUGAUCAAUUCAUGGAAGCAUACUAUGACAUGCUUGUGAAGUAUAGAGAGGAAUUAACAAGGCCUAUACAAGAGGCUAUGGAUUUCAUGCGGAGGAUUGAAACUCAGCUUAACAUGCUUUGCAAUGGACCCGUGAGGAUCUUCAAUGAUGAUAAAUGUGAAGGCGUAGGUUCAUCAGAAGAGGAUCAAGACAACAGUGGUGGAGAAACAGAACUGCCCGAGAUUGAUCCCCGGGCAGAAGACCGUGAACUCAAAACUCACUUGCUCAAGAAAUACAGUGGUUACUUGAGUAGCCUUAAGCAAGAACUUUCCAAGAAAAAAAAGAAAGGAAAACUGCCCAAAGAUGCUAGACAAAAGCUGCUUAACUGGUGGGAAUUACAUUACAAAUGGCCAUAUCCUUCGGAAUCAGAGAAGGUGGCAUUAGCUGAAUCAACUGGUUUGGAUCAGAAGCAGAUAAACAACUGGUUCAUUAAUCAAAGGAAGAGGCAUUGGAAACCAUCUGAAGACAUGCAGUUUAUGGUGAUGGAUGGCCUCCAUCCUCAAAAUGCAACACUUUAUAUGGAUGGUCAUUACAUGGCGGCUGAUGGUCACUACCGCCUUGGGCCAUGACCAUCUCUUAUGUAUAAGUGUAUCAGGUGAGAGAAAUGUUUAAUUUAAGGCUCCAACCUCUCAUAAUAAAAAGUUCUCUCACUUGAUACGAGCUUCUUAUCAAGAAAUUAGUAGAAUCUCUAUGGGUUGGGUUACCUCUAGUACCCCCUUUCUUUUCUCUAUUAAUAAUAUAAUUUGACAUUCCAAAAAAAAAAAAAGGAUAAAAAGCCAACGCUUUAAGCUUGUAAUAUAUCAAGCAUAACGUGAACAUUAGUUUUGCUUGUGUAGUGUGAGCACUAGAGUAUGUGAUCGAUAUCUUUAUUAAUUACUGUUGCUUAUAUUUUCAGUACAAGUAGUACCCAGGAACAGAUAAUCUAUUGAGAUGUUUGUUGGAACUUUGAUUAUUAUUACUUCAACCUUCUUAAUUGAAGUGUAUAACUUUGUGGUAUGAUUGGUGUACGCAAAAGUUGUUUGUGAUUUGGAGCUUCUGUACCAUCAAGAGUUUGUAAGGAGUUACUGGGUAUCAAGCUUUUAAUGGACUGUAUAUGAUGACAAAA